AGCAUCGCAGUCGUCAUGAGGGCUUGAGACAUGCCGGGUGAGACGAAGGCAAAUUUACGAGCCCGACUUCGGAAUGAAAAGUCCUCGGAGGCGAAGUCCCGCAGGUUUCACACGUGUGCUGGUGCUGGUACUCUGUGGAUGUGCUGUUUUUGCUGAAGUCAGUUAUCGACUUUCCGGACAACCUUGGCACGUUGCUCUGAGCAACCAGACUGUUCACGUUGACUUCAAAGUUCUGAACAAGACGAGCGCCCAAAAUUUAACCCUGUCACUCGUAGACGUCAAGAGAAACCAAACUGUCGCCACCAAAUUGAUCCCCGGAAACCAAUCCCAGGGCUCCGUGGAGUUUGAGUGUUUUCAUUUCCCUUACGCUGGCAACUUCGAGUUUAGGCUGAUCGAUUUCACAGACAACGACACAGCCCGGUGGACAAGUGACUUAUUGCAGGUCCGCUGGCCGGUCUUUGCCAUUGAAGCGAGGAGCGAAAGUGACUCAUCGAGUCACUUCCAGGUCCAUGUUUUUACUCUCGAGUAUUUAUGCUCUUGGAAAGUAAUUACCUUAUUUCUGGACACUGUUGUGAUUGAUUUUAAUGGACCUGGAGCUUACAAUAUCAACAAAGCUUUAAAACCAACGAUAAGUAAAGAAAUUGAGCUUUCCAGUUCUCAGAGGUUGGAUUUUGAUUGCACUGGUUUCAACCAAAACACAUCCCUAAAGAUUUCUCUGAGAUCUCCGUAUACCAAUUCCGUGAUCGCGUCCACGGGACCGCUGGUGUUUGCUCAGAUCGUUGGCUACAAACUGCUCGUCGAUCAUCUGAAGACGGCUGCGUGCGACUCGGCUGCGGAGGUUCGAAUAGUGGUACCACCUUGCGCCCGUUUGCGGGGCAAGAUUACUGUGUAUAAGAACCAGACGGGAGCUUCGUUUGGAAGAGAGACUUUUGUAGCUGAGAAGUGGCUGCGCCCCGGGGAAAACACAACCGAAUUUAACUGCUCUGUGUUUGAUUUUGGGAAACAUAACUACUGCUUCGAGUAUGUUAGCAUUCUGAAUCACAGCCCUGUGAAAUGUGUCACACUCCAGAGACACGCAGAAAGAGGGAGUGUUUGGAUGUCUUGGAGUCCGUGCAGUGUCACAUGCGGUGACGGAGUGCGGGAAAGGUACCGACAAUGCGUCUCAUCCUUCUCUGGGACAAUCGGGUGCAGUGGAGAGGAGAGAGAAGUUUCUCUUUGUUCACUUGUGGAUUGCACGGAACAGGAAUCUGGAGCUCCCGGAAAAGCACAUAAAACCGGCAAUAUAGUGACAAUCACUGGCAUUUCUUUCUGCUUGGUGAUCAUCAUAGCCACCAUUGCAAUCACUAUCCGGACAAAGCUACCAUGUAAAGAACAAAAUUUAAAUAGCACAGUGAGGCAUGAUCCAGCACCUCCACAUAAUUUCAGGAAUACAUUUGAAGAAGAAAGGAACUUCUCUGACCCAAGUCAUCAACGUGACAUUUUAACUGAUAACAUGCCCUUGGCCCACGUAGAAGAUGGCCUGAGCAUUCCACUAUCUUUCAGGAGGAGCCAGCAUUUUGUUCUAAAUCAGGAUACGUUACCGGAGGAAAAUCUGGGACUGCAGAGUGCUCAGAAAGUGAUUCCCCCUAUAUUUGGAUACCGUUUGGCACAUCAGCAAUUGAAAGAAAUGAAAAAGAAAGGGAUAACAGAAGCAACCCAAGUUUAUCAUGUUACACAGCACCCUUUAGAUGAUACGAUAAUGAACGAAGGAGGGGCUUUGGCUACAGAAAUAGAUCAAGCCAAAUCCAGCUCUGUUGUAGUGCCCUCUUUGGACAAGGAAAACAGUGCAGAAAGUAACAUGAACAGAUUUCGUAUCAAAUCUCCAUUUUUGGAUCAAAAUUCAAUUUACUGCAAACAACACAGAAAAGAUCCAAUGAUUGCACCCUUUCCGGAACCAUUUAAUGACUUUAACUUACCAUGCCAAAUACCUGUGUCUCUCUGUGAAGGAAAUAAUAAAACACUUCCAAAUAGACCAGGAAAGUUCAGGCAUUGUGACAAAAUAACUGAGAGAGAAAUGCUUGAAAGAGGAUACAUCAGAAACCCCAAUUUUAGAAGAACAUCUAGCUUCAGUGAAUGUAGAACCAGUAAGUAUUACAGAGAAAGAAGUAUGUCUUCCUGCACACAGAAACUUCCAUCCCUAUCACACUCAAGAGGUAUUGAUAAGACAGUGGCUGGGAGUGAGCGAUGUAUUAAUAACAAACCUGGAGCUCAGUAUAGGACUAAUGCCAGCUCAGCACGAAACCAUGCCUGGGAUUGCAGUGCAUUCAUCUCAGAGCCUUCAAAACAUCAUUUGAGAAGUAGUCAAGCUGGAGUCUGGACUAAUAAAGCUGAUCCAGCAAAUGAUCAUCCAAUUACAAGUUGUGUUUUUAGUGAGUUAGAAACUUACACAGGCAAAAGGAAGGCAAGGACACCAACCAAUGAAAAUAAACUAGCCGCUAAAGCCAGUGAUCCCAAUUCCGAGAAACAUUCUCAAUGGAAGUAUCCAAGGAGCAAUCCAUUGCCUCGACAUCACUACAGACAAGAUCGGUGCCAAAGUUUCCCUUCUGAUCCAAAUUUCCUCCAUUAUGACAAUUCUGGUUUUGAAUUAACUGCUUCAGAGCAGCAGAUAAUAGACCUGCCUGCACACUUUGGUUCACAUGUUAUAGGGGAUGAGGAAGACACUAGUACUUUAAGCAGUGAAAAGCUGGUGAUCUAAGGAUCUUGAAAACAGAAAUGUUUGUGUAAAUUAAUUGUGUGUCAUGCCCUUAUCCAAUUCCCAUCUACUAUUACUGCGCAUUAGAGUGAAUUCAUUUUAACCACAAGGAAUCAGUUAUACUACUGCUGUUCUUGGGGCAUUGGUCACAUUAUUUCUUGAGAAUGAAAAUAGAUCCAAUGCCAAAAAGCCAUUUAUUUUUUCAGUCCACUCAUUGUAUUGAACGUAUGUCUGAGUUUGACUGGAGUGAAAUGUAUUUGACAUAGCAUUGCAGUGAAGAGUGACAAUUUUCAGGAAAUUAUUUUGACAAUAAGAACAGAAAAAUGCUGGAAAUCCUCAGCAAGUCAUGCAGCGUCUAUGGAGAGUUAAGGUUUCAGUUUAAUGGUUUUUCCCCACAAUUGGUGGUGUAUAGCCAAUUCCUGUAGGUCCACAGACAUUAUGCACAGGAUUUAAAUAAAAGCUAUCCCACCACCAGCCACAGCUUCCCCUCUCCCGCCCCCUCUCCUUCUGUUUUCCACAGGGAUCACUCUCUCUGUGACUCCCUGGUCUGCUCAUCCCUUCCCAACCAUCCACCCCGUCCCCUUAUACUUUCCCCUGCAACCAUAGGAGGUGCAACACCUCCUCCCUUACCACCAUCUAGGGACCUAAAGUGCCCUUCCAUAUGAGGCAGAGAUUCACAUGCACCUCCUCCAACCUGGUCUAUUGCAUUCUGUGCUUUCGACAUGGUCUCCUCUGUAUUGGUGAGACCAAGCAUAGACCAAGCAAUCAUUUUGCAGACCACCUGCGCUCUGUCUGCAAUGACCAUCUUGAUCUUUCAGCUGCGUGUCAUUUCAACUCCCCUCCCCCUUCCCCUUCCCAUUCCCACAUCGACCUGUCUGUCCUCGGUUUUCUCCACUGCCGCAGUGAGGCCAAACACAAACUGGAAGAACAGCACCUCAUAUUCUGCUUGGGUAGCCCACAACUCAAUGGUAUAAACAUUGAAUUUUCCAAUUUCAUGUAACCCUCUCCCCCUGUGUUACUCUUCCACACCCACCAGUCCACCCAGGGUCUCCAUCCCUUUGUUCAUCUUGUCCAUCCCUCCCCCUAGUUCCCCGGACUCAUUCAUCUCCCCCACCUGGUUCUGUCUGCCCAUCACCACAUACCUAUCUACCUGGGCUUCUUCUCCUUUGGUUCACUUUUCCUACCCCCUUCCCUAUCUGGUUCCAUCUGCUCAUCAUCUCUCCCUUAUCUGGUUCUACCUAUCGCCCACCAGCCUGUGUCUCUGCCCUGCCCCUCCCCUCUCCCACCUGGUUCCAUCUGCCUAAUUUUUUUUUCUUAUCUCUUUCCACCUAUCGCCUACCAGCCUCUGUCUCAACACACCCUCCCUGUUCUUCCCCCACAUGGCUCCAUCUGCCCAUUGCGCCCCCCCCCCGCCUCAUCUGGUUCCACUUAACAGCCUCUGUCUCAUCCCUCCCUCUCACUUCCAUGUCCAGGCUACUCGCCCUCGACACUCUCAGCCGUGAUGCAGGGUCGUGACCCAAAACGUCGACCAUCCCUUUGCCUCCACAGGUACUGCUCAACCCACUGAGUUUUUUCUGAAGUUCAUUUUUUACUUUAAGAAAACUUACCUGCUGAGGAUAUUCUCGGUCUUGUGUGCUACUGACAAUUAGUGAUUACCCUAAGCACAGUGGUGCUUCAAAUAUUGACUUAACGUUACCAAAUCAUAAGAAGUUAGUUGAAUUUCUGUGCCACUUUGCACCUCACCAAUUUUCUAUGCCCAUGUUUCUGGAUCUUAAAUGUGUGAUUUCAGUUCCAAACAAUGUCUCUCAUUUAAAGAAAUGGAUUCUAAGGUGCAAAGUUCUGAAAGAAGUGUGACACUCCUGAAGCUGUGAUAUCCAAUGAUAUUAUUAUUAAAUUACGUGAUUUGUUACACAACUGUUUUCUGAAUCUUAAAUCCUAAAAUCAAGGCAUCUGUAAAUUAGAAACCUCUGUCCAUCAGUGUGUAUUAGGAGGGAGGAUGGAUGAGGAGUUGGGGACAUGUUUAUUGUAACGCUUGGAUCCAUAACCCUCUGUGAGUGGAGGCUAGGCCUAAGACUCAGACGAUGAUGAUUAGAGACAUUUAGAAAUAGU